UUGGUGCACUGGCCACGCCUCUCCUCUGAUGAGGUAGCAGCAGCAGAGUUCAGACCGUGAAGGCAGCAUUAAUGUGAGUCACAUGACAGGCCAGCCUCUCCGACUGAUCUGAUACACAUCUAAUAAUCAUGCCAACCACUCAGCAGUCUCCACAUGACGAGCAGGAGAAGCUUCUCGAUGAAGCUGUGCAGGCUGUCAAGGUCCAGUCCUUCCAGAUGAAGCGAUGCCUGGACAAGAACAAGCUGAUGGAUGCACUGAAGCAUGCCUCUAAUAUGCUGGGUGAGCUGAGGACCUCCAUGCUGUCUCCGAAGAGCUACUAUGAGCUCUACAUGGCCAUCUCUGAUGAACUCCACUACCUAGAGGUUUACCUGACGGAUGAGUUCGCUAAGGGACGCAAGGUGGCAGAUCUCUAUGAGCUGGUCCAGUAUGCAGGCAACAUCAUUCCCAGACUCUAUCUGCUGAUCACGGUGGGCGUGGUUUACGUUCGCUCGUUCCCCCAGUCCCGUAAGGACAUCCUGAAGGACCUUGUCGAGAUGUGUCGUGGUGUCCAGCAUCCGCUCAGGGGCCUCUUCCUCAGAAACUACUUGCUGCAGUGCACCCGCAACAUACUGCCAGAUGAUGGAGAGCAGCCAGAGGGAACAGAGGAGAUGACCGGUGACAUCAAUGAUUCCAUCGACUUCGUCCUCCUGAACUUUGCAGAAAUGAACAAGUUGUGGGUCAGAAUGCAGCAUCAGGGUCACAGCCGAGACCGAGAGAAGAGAGAGAAGGAGCGACAAGAGCUGAGGAUUCUGGUGGGCACCAACUUGGUUCGCCUCAGCCAGCUGGAGGGCGUCAACGUGGAGAAGUACAAACAGAUCGUUCUUCCUGGAGUGUUGGAGCAGGUUGUGAACUGCAGAGACUCACUGGCUCAGGAGUAUUUGAUGGAGUGCAUCAUUCAGGUUUUCCCGGACGAGUUCCACCUCCAGACCCUGAACCCUUUCCUGCGUUCCUGUGCUGAGCUCCAUCAGCAUGUCAAUGUCAAGAACAUCAUCAUUGCCCUCAUUGACAGACUGGCUCUGUUUGCUCAUCGAGAAGAUGGUCCAGGAAUUCCAGCUGAAAUCAAACUGUUUGACAUCUUCUCUCAGCAAGUGGCCACCGUCAUUCAGUCUCGUCAGGACAUGCCAUCGGAGGACGUGGUCUCUCUACAGGUCUCGCUCAUCAAUUUGGCCAUGAAGUGCUACCCUGACCGUGUUGACUAUGUGGACAAAGUCCUGGAGGGCACCGUGGAGAUCUUCAACAAGCUCAACUUGGAACACAUAGCAACAAGCAGCGCCGUGUCAAAGGAACUCACCCGACUGCUGAAGAUCCCAGUAGACACCUACAACAACAUACUGACGGUGCUGCAGCUCAAACACUUCCCACCACUCUUUGAGUACUUUGACUACGAGUCACGCAAAAGCAUGAGUUGCUACGUGCUGAGCAACACACUGGACUACAACACCACCAUCGUGGCACAGGAGCAGGUGGAUGCCAUCUUGACUUUGGUGUCGACACUGAUUCAAGACCAGCCAGACCAACCAGCCGAUGAUCCUGACCCUGAGGAUUUCGCUGAGGAGCAGAGCCUUGUUGGACGUUUCAUCCACCUGCUCCACUCUGACGAUCCGGACCAGCAAUACCUUAUUUUGAACACAGCCAGGAAACAUUUUGGUGCGGGCGGAAACCAACGGAUUCGCUACACACUCCCUCCAUUGGUGUUCGCAGCCUACCAGCUGGCCUUCAGAUACAAGGAGAACUCCUCAUCGGACGACAAGUGGGAAAAGAAGUGCCAGAAGAUCUUCUCCUUUGCCCACCAGACCAUCAGUGCACUUAUCAAGGCUGAGCUCGCUGAGCUGCCGCUCCGGCUCUUCCUGCAGGGGGCGCUGGCUGCAGGGGAGAUUGGCUUUGAGAACCAUGAGACUGUAGCUUACGAGUUCAUGUCACAGGCCUUCUCUCUGUAUGAGGAUGAGAUCAGUGACUCAAAAGCCCAGCUGGCAGCCAUCACACUGAUAAUUGGUACCUUUGAGCGGAUGCGAUGUUUCAGUGAGGAAAACCACGAGCCGCUGAGGACUCAGUGUGCACUGGCUGCCUCCAAGCUGCUGAAAAAGCCCGACCAGUGCAGAGCCGUCAGUAUCUGUGCUCACCUCUUUUGGUCAGGCCGAAGUACCGACAAAAACGGUGAAGAGAUCCGCGAUGGUAAGCGGGUGAUGGAGUGUCUAAAGAAAGCUCUGAAGAUUGCAAAUCAGUGCAUGGACCCGUCGCUGCAAGUCCAGCUGUUCAUUGAAAUCCUCAACAGAUAUGUCUGCUUCUACGAGAGGGAAAAUGAUGCGGUGACAGUCCAGGUAUUAAACCAGCUGAUCCAGAAGAUCAGGGAAGAUCUCCCCAACCUGGAGGCCAGCGAAGAAACAGAGCAGAUCAACAAACACUUCCACAACACACUGGAGCAUCUUCGCCUGCAGAGAGAAUCCCCCGAGUCCGAGGGCCCCGCCUAUGAGGGCCUUGUCCUUUAAAAGUGUUUCAGGUGUUUCAUGAUAUUAUGAAUAUACAGCUGUAGGCCAGGAAUAAAAAUAAGUGUCAAGAAGAGCUAAAAGAAGUCACUCAUUUCCUCUUCACCAUCUCUCACUAGCACAACAGUUUUUGGAAGUAGCUUGGAGAUGUAACAUUUUGAGAAGUGUGUGUGCCAGCAAUACUGCACUUUGCAACUGAGGCGAGUCUAAGGCACCAUUCCUUCAUGAAUUCCUAUUUGACCAAUUUGUCUUUAACCUGUAUUAUUUUAUUGUCUAUAGACUUAUAAUCUUUUUUAGGUGUAUCCACGAGUCAUCACCCCCUCGCUUAUUCGCAUCUGUCCAUAAGGAGAAGUCAAUGCAUUAAUCAAGUGUACAAAGUCUACAAAGUAUAGCUGUGGUAUUUCCACCCCUGAGUAAUUAGUCCGUGCUGCUCUUUAGGACGGUUAUGUGCUAACGGCAGCACAUGCAAACGCAUUGAGUCCCACUAAAACCGUCUAUUAAUGAAGAACAGAGCAUCUUUUCACCUCAUUGCACUUCCACCAUGGGAACAUAAGGUAAUAGUUGUGCAGCAUUUGCAUGAUCCUCAAUUCCUCUGCUAUCCCAGCUGAGACUAAACAAACGGCAAAAUCUCAUAAAUGUUAUAAAGAAAAUAGGCGUCCUAUUUUUCAGACGACCCCAUCUUUCAUACUUAAGUAAUGCUUCUUUUGAACACCACCAGACCUGUCUCUGUUAGCUCUAUAUUUUAUGUGUUGGUUUAUUUAUGGACUUGUCAUCAGUGGAUGGACGUUCAGCAGUGCAGCAUGUGUUUUUAUGCUCUGGUGUGCUCAAGACCUGGUUUAAUUCUGUGUAAAUCAAACCAACUACAAUGUCUGACUCUGUCAAUCAGUUAACAGUGUUGCUUGGUGGUGCUGUCCUUGCAGGUCUAUCUUUAUUGACAUGGUUGGAACAGUUCCUCAGGAGUGCUCACUAGGUAACAAGUGCCAUGCUGAGUUCACCGUCGAAGGUUUUAGAACGGUUUGCUGCCGCCUGACAGUUCCUGCUGAUCUCUCUUUCUAAGCUGUUAUGUUGAUUUGUUGAAGGCAGUAUGGAGCACUUUCUCUCCCCUGAUGAAACCUAUGUAAACCCACUUGUGAAUCAGAUAAAGAAAAAAGCAGAUUAUAGCGAUUAUCAUUGUUUCUUGCUGAAAUAAAAUUCAAAUUAACAAUA